AUGGACACGGACACGACGUCCACCGACUCCCAGUUGCACCCUGCUCCUGCCCUCUCCGCGGCGGGAGCGCGCGCCGUCGUAUGCUCAUUGGCCGCCCGGGGCGCCGAGAGCCUCGCCCGCGGCCUCGUCACCUGCGUCUUCGCGACAGGUCAGUGGGUUAGCGACCCUACGUACGUGUACGUCUGGGAUUUAGCUGAUUCAUUCGUCGACCGAUGCUGCUUGGCAGUGGGCACGGUCCUCGGCGCGAUCACCGGCGGGCUGAUCGGGCUGGCCACGGAGACGGGCGUGCUGCGCGGCACGGGCGUCGGCGGCAUCACGGGCGCGCUGGUGUCCAUGGAGGUCGUCGACUCGUCCCUCGCGUUGUGGCGCUCCGACGAGCCGGCCAUCUGGAGCGUCGUCUACGUGCUCGAUGUGAUAUGGAGCCUGCUCACCGGCCGCCUCGUACGCGAGAAGGUGGACCCCGCCGUGCUCAACGCCGUCGAGAGCCAGAUGAGCGCAGCGGAGGCACCAGUCUUGCAUGGAGACCACGCCGACAUCUUCGGCACUGGCGGCACCAACGGCAUGGCGAGGGUCGCCAUCGACGCGCUCCCCGUGGUGAGGUUCACCGAGCGCAGCAACGUCGACGCCAGCGGCGAGCUCAUCGCCUGCUCGGUUUGCCUCCAGGAGUUCGAAGCCGGCGACAGCGCGAGGAGCCUGCCGGUGUGCCGCCACACGUUCCACCUGCCGUGCAUCGACGGCUGGCUGCUCCGGCACGCUUCCUGCCCCUUGUGCCGGCGCGCGGUCUAG